UUCAAACACGAUUCACUUGUAGAGUAUGAUUCAUGCUUUUGAUACUUUACCAAGAUCACUGAGAUUUUCCACAUUAUAGCUAUAUGGAAGAGAACAACUGCAACCUCAUGUGGAUCCCUCUGCUGGUGGUGCUGUUGGCUCUGCUCUUCCUAUACAGAUGGGACAGACAGAGCAAGAUACUGGAGAAUCUCUCAGAUAAAUAUGUACUGAUUACUGGUUGUGACUCUGGAUUUGGGAACCUAUUGGCAAAGCAGUUGGACCAGCGCGGCAUGCGGGUACUGGCAGCUUGUCUUACUGAGAAAGGAGCUGAGGAUUUGAAAAAGGAAACUUCCAGCAGACUGCAGACAGUAAUUCUUGAUGUGACUGAUAGCCAGAGUGUGAGUUAUGUUGCCAAGUGGGUCAGUAACUGUGUUGGAAAUUCAGGGCUCUGGGGCUUAGUAAACAAUGCUGGAAUUGGAUUUCCAAACGGCCCCAAUGAAUGGCAGAAAAGAGAAGAUUUUGCUAAGAUUCUGGAUGUGAACGUACUAGGUUUGGUGGAUGUGACAAUAAAUGUGUUGCCUUUCAUCAGAAGAGCUCGAGGACGGAUUGUAAAUGUUUCUAGUUGUGCGGGGAGACUGGCUGUAAUUGGAGGAGGAUACUGUCCCUCUAAGUUUGCAGUGCAAGCGUUCUCUGAUAGUCUACGAAGAGAAUUACAAGAGUUUGGGGUAAAGGUUUCCAUCAUUGAACCCGGUGCUUUUCUAACUCCAAUGGCUUCCCUAGAACAUCAUAAUGAGUAUCUGAAACAUCUGUGGGAGAAGGCUUCUGCUGAAGUCAAGAAGAGUUAUGGCGAGCAGUACUAUCAACAAUAUAUAAAGAACAUACAAGAACUGCAUAAAUCAAUCAACCCCAGGCUGAAUGAGGUCACAGACUGCAUGGAACAUGCCCUGACGGCUAUUUAUCCCUGGACACGUUACUCUGCUGGCUGGGACUGUAAACUCUUUUAUAUUCCGCUUUCCUACCUCCCGACACUGUUAUCUGAUUAUGUGUUGUGGCGCUCUGCUCCAAAACCAGCCUGUAGAGCAUAAUGAGCCCUUACUGUAAAUAUUUGGAAGCUGCACAUGAGAUCAGAGCCAAAAUGUACAUGUGACUUAAAUUUGGCAGGAUGCCAGAUGUAUUUAUCCCAUGAUUUCAAUUUGAAUUUUGAAAAUAGGCUGUGCGGACUGUGUUGACAAUGCUAUACAGUUUGUCAGGACAUUUGUCACUAGUACAUGGCGAGAGGCCCUUACUAGUGACAGUUGUAGAAUAUAUUGUAUUAGUUUGAGUCCUGGUGGGGUAAACUCUGUUCUCAUAAAAUCAUAAAGAAAUGACUCAGAAUAUUUUAUUGUGUGUCUACUCAUUCAAUAA